GAGAGGGCGAGAGGGAGAGAGACAGAGAGAGAGCGAGAGGGACCAACUCGCUGCGACUCAGAGCGCACAGCACAUACAGAGUAAACGGGAGGACCGCUCCGCUCGUGCAGGGUGAGCUGCUCGUUUCACCCGUGGAUACUAUUACACAACAACUGCCGCACGUCUCCAGACACUGUCCGUGGGAUACGCUUGCUACACUAUCUCACUUUCACAGUUUUAUUACCUCCUUUUUUUUAUUUUACCACCUUCCCCUCUUUAUUUUCUUUCCCAUCUGCCCUCCCCUCUCCUCAUCCUCGAGCAUCCUCCCCUUCCUUUCUCGCAAGUCUUCCUGGCUAACUUUUCCACCCGACUCCAUCCCACACAGCCUCCUCCAUCGCUCACUAACCCCCUCGACAGGCAGUUUAUCUCUCCCCCCCCCCCCCACCCCCCCUCCCCAUCCCUCUCCUUGCAGCAGCCACCCUUUGGAUCGGGCGGAACCCCAUUCGGUCAGUCUUCACUGGGGCAUUGCUUUGCUACAUGGGGCGCACGGUCUCGCUCGGAAAAUGGUCUGCUGUCGGUCUCUAGGCGCCCCGCUGAACCUGCUGGGAUUGGAGUUGCCGGUGCGCGUCUGCGUUUCUUUCCCACCUCGCCUGUGCUGUCGGGGCCAGUGAGAUAUGGGUGUCUCUGAGGCACCGAUUGAGGAGCCCCGACGGCUGCGCCAGUGGAGCGGGACGGCGGGAGGCUGGCUCCGGAUCACCCUAGUCUCGUUUCUCGCCACUUUACCUGUGGAGCAACUGCGCGCCUUCCCGUCCUCCCUCAGCGACUGCCAGACGCCGACCGGCUGGAACUGCUCCGGUUUUGAUGACCGGGACACAGACCUGUUUUUGUGCGACACCAACACAUGCAAGUUUGAUGGGGAGUGUCUAAGAAUUGGGAACAUGGUGACGUGCAUUUGCGACUUCAAGUGCAACAAUGACUAUGUCCCAGUGUGCGGCUCCAACAAUCAGAACUACCAGAACGAGUGCUUCCUGCGCAGGGAUGCCUGCAAGCAGCAGUCUGAAGUGCUUAUCAUGUCAGAAGGCGCCUGCCCUGCUGAUGCCGGCUCAGGAUCAGGAGAUGAUGGAGGAGAGGGCUCAGCUGAGGCGGGGCAGAAGGAAACAUCCACCUGUGAUAUUUGCCAGUUCGGGGCUGAGUGUGAUGUGGACGCAGAGGAUGUUUGGUGUGUUUGCAACAUCGACUGUUCCCACAUCAGCUUCAACCCGGUGUGUGCCUCAGACGGUCGUUCCUAUGACAACCCCUGCCAGGUGAAGGAGGAGUCCUGUCAGAAGCAGGAACGCAUCGAGGUCAAGUACCUGGGCCACUGCCAAGGGACCGGGAACAAAGGCGAAGAUGGACACUUCGCACGGACCGACCUCACAGUGGAGGAAAAAGAGGAUCCGAGGAAUGGGCUGGCCCGGGGCCUGUACAUCCCCUGUCCGGAUCACUACAAAAACUACUGCGUCCACGGAGACUGUCAGUUCCCCAGCGUCCUGGCCCAGCCCUCAUGCAGCUGUCACUCGGGAUUCAGAGGCCCCCAGUGUGACAUCAAAGAGUACAACGUGCUCUAUGUGGUGCCAGGCUCUGGCAAACUGCACUACGUCCUCAUCGCCUCGAUCAUCGGAGCCCUCCAGGUGGUCAUCAUCUGUGUGGUGGUGCUUUGCAUUACCAGGAAAUGCCCGCGGACCAACAGGAUCAACCGGCAAAAGCAGAACAAUGUCCACUUCAGUACAGAGAACACGAUGCGCGCCUCCACUCGACUUAUCUGAGCCCAGACACUGGGGGAAGAGUCCCCCUCCACGUUAUGGAGCGCUGUGGUGUUAAAUGUUCCCCUCUGUAGGCCAACCCCCGGAAAUUAGGAUGCUUCCCUUCACUCCUCGCCCCCUCUCUCCCAAUAUGAACUACAACGCCCAGGGAGGACGGUGGCACAGCAAAGACAGAGCUGGCGUAUCAGUCAGCGAUGGACUCAGAUGAGGGGGAACAAUUGUCAUCCGUUGCUCAAGCCGCCAACCUCCCCCCGACUGCCGUGUGUCUCCUAGCACCUUGUCACUUCCGCCAGGGAUUUUUCCUGAAAAACUGAACCAUGAGGUGUUGGGGGGGCAUUGAGGAUACAGAAUGUGAGUGUGUGUAUGAGUGUGUUUGUGUGUGUGUGAGUGUGAAUUAGAAGCGUGAGCUUUGGUAGAGGAGGGCUAGUAGCCGGUGUCUGUCGUUUGUAGAUGAAGAGGGUUUAAGCAAAAAUCGGGGUAGUGCAAAGCAGGGUAAUGGCUUUAAAUGAGGUGUGUGUUGUCAGUUCCAGUAGGGGGGGGGUGGGAGGGUGGGGGGUUUGGGGGCUACACGUGAUGCCUUGCACCUUGUGUUAUAGGAGACCUUUGACAGAGGGCACAACGUUACUAUAGAGCUCUCUGUUCGGUUGUGACGAAGACGUCAGCUUCUGUAUCUUGGGUUCUAUUUCCAAUAGUUAUUACUACAUUGUCUUGAUGGGGUCAUUUUUCUGUAAAUGUAAAUAAAUAAUUUAUAUCACGAAAUGUAA